GUGACGAGAUACUUCAGACGUCUGACGAUUGUUCACAAAUACCCGAGUUAUUAAAAGUGACACGAAUUGUUCCAAAACACCUGAGUAAUUAAAAGUGACAAAAAUGGCAUCAAAUUUUGAGGCAUCUAUUUCGAAGGGAUCCGAUUUAAUCUAUGACUAUUCGUGUGAUAUCUGUGACGAAAAUGAGAUCAACAAACAAGCGGACAUGUAUUGUGAGAAAUGAUCAAAGAGUUACUGUAACAGCUGUAUGCAACACCACAAUCAGCUCUAUAAAAAACACAUGGUACUUGGGAGAGCAGAUUUGAUCCGGUGGCCAGUUACCACGGCAACUGAUGAUCCACUAGAACUGUGCACAAGGAGCACAAGGGCAGGAAAAUGGAAGUCUUCUGCGAAGAUCACAAUGAGUUGCUGUGCACCGUCUGUCAUCUUCAGAAUCACAAACAGUGUCGUCACGUGAUACUUAUAGCUGACAAAGUGCAAAGCCUACUUCAGAAAGGAGAUUUUCAACAACUGUCAGCAAAUCUUGACUCACUACAAGGGCAUUUUGUUGAAAAGAAAACUUUUUUUGAAGGAUAUAUGCCGUCCACCGAGAAAACCUUCAAGCAAAUUAUGGAAGAAAUAAAUGCUUCGCGCCAGAACAUAAAUAAUUAUUUCGAACAAAUGGAGAAAAAUACCACCCAGGAGUUACAAACAGUGAAGACAUCUGUGCAUGAUUAUGUCAAAACAUGCAACGAGUUCAUAGGAAACACACAUACUGUACAAAAAGAAUUGGUGAACGUAAAUGACAAAAGUGACGCUUCUAUUUUAUUAUUGUACACACAAGGCCUUAAUCAUUGCCUUAAGGCAAAGGUAGCUUUAAAUAAAAUACCAUUUUGAAGUGAGAUUCACUUAUAUGCCAGAUCCAAUCAUAGCAAGAAGUCUUUCUGCUCUCUCAAUGUUACAAAAUAUACAAAGACACACAGGAAUUGCAAACUAAAAAUGACACAAAUCCUGAAGAAAACCAAGUAUCCGAUCCAUCUAUCCAGCCUGUUGCUGAAAGACAGUUAAGUGAUAUUAUCCAGCAAAGUCUGGUGUCGGAUUCAGAAUUACUUUUGACAAGAAAAACAGAUAUUGCAAGGAAAUCAUCAUAUGAGAACAUUCAAAUAUCCGAUUUUGGAACCAGAUUGCAAGACAGGUCUGACCCAGCACACAUAACCCGUCAAAAUUAUGAAAAUAUGGAAGCCAUAUCCUGUGCAGUAAGUCCAGAUGGAGACAGGAUAUAUGUGGCCAACAGGAUGAGAAAUACAUUAGUUACCCUGUCAAGGGAUGGCACAGUGAUCUCCACACUGACUGACCCGGCACUAGACUGGAGACUCUUAAGUGUCCCGCCUGGUCUCCAUGUGAUAGACAUGGGGCAAGUCCCUGUGUGUGGAGGCUUGUCUCACACAGUCUUUAUUGUUGACCGAGAUGGGAGACAGAGAUUAACAGAUGUUAUUGCCGAGAAAGAUGAUGUUAGGAAGCCAAUUGCAGUAUUUUACAGUUCACAAACAGGCUCACUUAUCGUCGGAAUGAUGGACAGUCACAGAAUGCUGGUGUUCAAGACCCAAUAAAUUUGGGUUGGCUUUUACAUGUUAUAGAUGGAAUUUAAUAUAUUUAAAAACCAUCUUACAUAUAAAUACUGUUUGCCAAUAGUGUCAAAUGCAUAUUUAACAUUUUAAAUUUACUUUAAAAAAUAAUAAUAUAACAUUAAGAAAUGUUUAGUACUUUAUUGCUCAAACUUUCUGCAUAAGAAUUCUACCACAAGGGUCAGGGCCUUAUUACUUAAUAGCAUCAUACAAAAAGUUAAAGGAACAGAUGACAAUUAAAUAAUUCUAAAGCAAAAAUUAUUUUGAAUUUCUAAUGCUUAAGUUAAUAUUUGUUCAAGCGAAAAUGAUGAAUAUGAUUUUAUGUGCUGUGCUUAGGAAUGUGAUUUCUGUAUAAAAUGUUUAACACUUCUGAUUUUGCCCUUUUACACUGCUUAUUUUGUCCCUUUUUACUGCUGAUAUUGCCCAUCUAUACUGCGGAUUUCGUCUUUUUACACUGAUGACUUUGUCCUUUUAAGCUGCUUAUUUUGCCCUUUUAUAUUGUAGGUUUUGUCCUUUUCGCUGAUGAUUUUGUCUUUUUUCACUGCUUAUUUUUCCCUUCUUACACUGAUGAUUUGCCUUUUUACACCGCCCGUUUUGUUCUUAUGUAUCGUAUUUGACGUGAAUAUAAACCACGAUAACUUC